ACUUGCAGCCUAGAGGCGCGACAGAGCCACGGGGCGGCUCCUCACGGCCACCUCCGUUAUCGGCGCUUAGCCGGUUCUGGCGUAUAUCAAUGAGUCCACAAUAAAUCAGUUUUUGUUUUCUCAAGUUAAAUGUGAAGUGAAUAAAAAAUAAGGUGACGCGAUAAUUGAAAAAAAGUAUUUGACUGACUAACGAGGGGGGAUUUGAAUUUGUGGGGGUGAGUUCGGCGCCCAGCGCUGGACACUCGGUAUUACGAUGGUUACAGACAGCACGAGUCAGACCGACGAUACGACAGUGUUUCUAAGGGCUGCACGCUCUGGGAACUUGGAAAAGGUCAUCGAAUAUCUCGACAAGAAUUUCGAUAUUAAUACUGCUAAUUCGAACGGAUUAAAUGCUCUGCAUUUAGCAUCUAAGGACGGACAUGUUGAGAUUGUAACUGAAUUAUUGAAAAGGGCUGCCAAAGUUGAUUCUGCCACCAAAAAAGGAAACACUGCUUUGCAUAUUGCAUCACUAGCUGGGCAAUCCGAAAUAGUAAAUAUUCUAAUCCAUUAUGGUGCAGCAGUAAACAUUCAAUCUCAAAAUGGUUUCACACCUUUGUACAUGGCAGCCCAAGAAAAUCACGACCAUGUUGUUAAAAUGCUACUCUCCAAUGGAGCCAAUCAAAGCCUGGCGACGGAGGAUGGAUUUACGCCUUUAGCUGUGGCAAUGCAACAGGGUCACGACAAGGUUGUCAGUGUACUCCUGGAAAAUGAUUCGAAGGGCAAAGUGAGGCUGCCAGCCUUGCACAUAGCCGCUAAAAAAGACGACUGUAAAGCAGCUGAUUUACUUCUUCAGAACGACCACAAGCCCGAUGUAACAUCGAAAAGUGGCUUUACACCCCUGCACAUAGCUGCCCACUAUGGCAAUGAGGAGAUUGGGCGUCUUCUCGUGAAACGAGGCGCGGAUGUAAAUUACUUGGCAAAGCACAAUAUUAGCCCCCUGCAUGUGGCCGCCAAAUGGGGUAAGAAUAACAUGGUCAAGUUGUUGUUGGAAAACUCAGCUAUGAUCGAUGCUAAAACUCGCGAUGGACUUACUCCACUUCAUUGUGCGGCGCGAUCGGGUCAUGAGGAGGUUGUAUCUACUUUGUUAGAGCAGUCUGCACCGAUUAGUGCACGCACAAAGAAUGGACUUGCACCGUUGCACAUGGCAUCCCAAGGAGAUCAUGUCGAUGCAGCUCGUGUUCUUCUGUACCAUCGUGCCCCCGUGGAUGAAGUAACGAUAGAUUACUUGACAUCCCUUCACGUAGCAGCCCACUGUGGCCACGUACGUGUUGCCAAAUUGUUAUUAGAUCGUAAAGCCGAUCCUAAUGCACGUGCCCUCAACGGUUUCACACCGCUCCACAUAGCGUGCAAAAAAAAUCGAAUCAAAGUUGUGGAACUUUUGCUGAAACACGGGGCAUCAAUCGAAUCCACCACCGAGUCAGGGCUAACUCCACUGCACGUUGCGAGCUUCAUGGGCUGUAUGAAUAUUGUUAUUUACUUACUUCAGCAUGAAGCCAAUCCAGAUGUACCAACCGUUCGUGGUGAAACACCACUUCAUCUUGCUGCAAGGGCUAAUCAAACUGAUAUUAUUAGGAUUUUAUUGAGAAAUGGGGCAAAAGUCGAUGCGAGGGCUAGGGAGGAACAAACUCCUCUGCACAUUGCCUCUCGGCUUGGUAAUGUGGAUAUUGUAAUGUUACUACUGCAACAUGGUGCUGCUGUCGAUACAACGACUAAAGACAUGUACACAGCAUUGCAUAUUGCCUCAAAGGAAGGCCAAGAGGAGGUCGCUGCGAUUUUGGUAGAGAAUCAAGCCUCGGUAAAAGCUGUGACUAAAAAUGGAUUCACGCCACUUCACAUUGCUGCAAAGUACGGAAAUAUGAAUGUUGCAAAGAUAUUGUUGCAGAAGGAUAGUAAACUCGAUACCCAAGGCAAAAAUGACAUAACUCCACUACAUUUGGCCUGUCACUACGACCAUCCAAACGUGGCCACCAUGAUUCUGGAGAAGGGGGCAUCUCCCCACCUACCCUCAAAGAAUGGACAUACGCCAUUGCACAUUGCAGCACGAAAAAAUCAAAUGGAUAUAGCAUCAACAUUGUUAGAACACGGAGCAGAUCCCAAUGCCCAGUCGACCGCUGGUUUUACCCCGCUCCAACUGAGCGCCCAAAAGGGCCACUACGAUAUGACAAAUCUUCUGAUUGAGCACGGCGCUGAUCCUAAUCAUAAAUCUAAGAAUGGCUUGACAGCACUUCAUCUGUGUGCGCAAGAAGAUUUUAUCCGCGUCGCUUCGAUUUUAGUUAAAAACGGUGCUAACGUCGAGAGUGAAACUGAGACCGGGUAUCGUCCCAUUCACGUUGCUGCACACUUUGGCAAUUUGUCGAUGAUCAGAUUCUUACUGAAGCAUAAUGCUCAAAUCGACGUAAGAAGUAGCCAGGAUUACACUCCCCUCCAUCAAGCUGCUCAACAGGGCCAUGUGCAUGUGGCUGCUGCGUUGUUGGAAGGUGGUGCUUCUCAUAAUGCCAGAACGAAUGAUGGCUUGACAGCACUCAAUAUAGCUCAAAAACUUGGUUACAUUUCGGUGAUGGAAGUGCUGAAAGGACUUGUCCAUAACACAGAAACUCCCGACAAUAAAACGUGGGAAGAAAAGUACAAAGUUAUAGCUCCAGAAAGUCUUCAAGAAACGAGUUUCAUGUCUGAUUCGGAUGAUGAAGGAGCUUCAGAUGGAUUGACAAACGAGCAGCCCUAUCGAUAUCUAACCGUCGACUUGAUGAAGAACCUUCGAGAUGAUUCACUGCCGAUCGAUGUCACACGAGACGAUCCUGUCCAUCGUCAAGUUUCGAAAGAGGAGCAGCAGGAAUUUACACAGAGCCAUAACUACUGUCUUGCAGAGAAUUUUGACUCUACGGACGGGAUUAAUUUAGGAAGACUCCAUUUCAGAUCAUUUUUGGUGAGUUUUUUGGUGGAUGCCCGUGGUGGAACUAUGAAAGGCUGUCGCCACAGUGGUAUCAGAAUUAUAGUACCACCAAGACGUGCAACCAUGCCCAUACGAGUUACAUGCAGACUUGUAAAACCCAGUAAGGUUGCUAAUCCACCAUCUCUAAUGGAAGGCGAAGCUCUGGCUACCCGAAUAAUCGAGAUGGGACCUGUCGGUGCAUCAUUUUUGGGACCCGUUCUCAUCGACAUCCCUCACUUCGCCUCAAUAUCCGGACGAGAGCGUGAAAUAAUAAUUCUUCGAAGUGAAAAUGGCGAAACUUGGAAGGAACACGAUAACUCCCACGAGAAUGAUGACACAUUAUUCAAUACACCCAAUGAUGCGCAAAUGAGUGCCCUGUACACAGGCAGAAUAACAAGAAUAAUCACCACAGAUUUUCCCCAGUACUGGGCAAUAAUAACGCGAAUAAAGCAAGAAGUGCACGUGAUCGGUGCUGAUGGUGGGAUAUUGUUGUCAAGCGUAAUGAGCAAUGUUCAAGCUGUCUUUCCACCAGGUGCCUUAACGAAAAAGAUCAAAGUUGGCCUGCAAGCCCACGUGAUACCAGCGGAGUUGACAGCCAAGCUCCUCGGUAAUUGCGUAGCAGUCUCCCCUGUAAUUACCAUUGAGCCUAGACGAAGGAAAUUUCACAAACCGAUUACACUUACAAUACCAGUGCCGCAGGCUGCUAAUAAAGGUAUGAUCAAUCAAUAUCAGUCUGGGGAGACGCCUACUCUUCGAUUGCUAUGCAGCAUUGCCGGGGGGACCAGUGAGGCCCAGUGGGAAGAUGUCACUGGAUCAACUCCACUUGCAUUUUCAAGCGAAAAAGUAUCAUUUACAACUACUGUCUCAGCAAGAUUUUGGUUGAUGGACUGCAGAAAUAUCAGUGAAGUGCCGAAAAUGGCGACUGAGUUAUAUAAAGAAUCGUUAUUCGUGCCAUUCAUAACUAAUUUCGUUAUCUACACAAAACGAAUGGAUCUUAUGGAAGCGACCCUUCGCAUUCUCUGUAUGACUGAUGGCAGAGAAAUCAUGCACACACUGGAGAAACAGGAAGAGUUCUUGGAGAUUGUUAAAAGCCGAGAUGUUGAAGCAUUGGAUGGAAGAGACGUAUACAUAGAGUUCAGUGGUAAUCUUGUACCUGUAACAAAAUCCGGCCAGCAAUUGAAAUUUACAUUCAGGGCAUUCCGCCAAAACAGACUGUCCUUCCACGUUAAAGUCCGGGAUCCACUUCUCGAUCCCGUUGCAAGAAUGAUGUUCAUGCGGGAUCCCAAAGUUGCCAAAGGGGAACCAGCUCAACAACCAAUAUGCAUAUUGAAUAUCGUCCUACCGGAAACCAUUUCAAAGUCUGAAUCAAGCUUCAAGCUCAAAGAUCUAGAUUCCAACCUCAUUAGCAAAAUGGAUAUGUACAAAUCUACAUAUAUGAGGGACUAUGGGGAAAAAGGUGACAUACCGAAACCCACAUCACCGAAAGAUAAACUAAUAAGUGAUUUAUUACAAAAAGAACAAACAGAUGCCGCAACAAUUCACGAUUCCCUUGCACAAAAACUGGCUUGUCCCCUAGAAUCAGUAGAUGCUAGUUAUUCCCAUAAGGUAAAUUCUCAAGGAGAUAUGUCGCCAGAACUUGAGAAGCAGACAUACUCGGAGAAACGUCGAUUCUGGGAGGAUAUCACGCGAAAACGUGAUAGUUACCAAAGAUCAGAGUCCGAGGUUUCUAGAGCUUCACAGUUAACUGUCAAUGAAAGUGACAGUGAGUAUCUGCAGAGCAUCGCUUCUGAAAAGGAGGGAGAGGAGGAGGAGGAGGCCACUACUCCGAAGAGAUCCGAGACUCUGGAAGAUCUAAAUAUUCCUGAUUUAUCAGAGUGCACGGUAGCUGAAAAAGCUCAUUAUUUCGAAGAGGUCAUUCAGAAAGAAGCGAUUACUAGUACACGUCCCCACUCGAAGGUAUUUUUGCAAGAUUCUAAGGAGUUGUACAAUGAGAAACGGAAGAGCUCGAUUGAUAGGACAUCACUGGGAUCUGAGAUAGUAGAUGCCAAUCGUGAAAGUGUUGAAGAACCAAAAAUUAAUGACCAAAAGGUGGAGAAAGUAAUGGUAGAGUCAAUUAAUGAAAAAGUAGAAGGACAAGAAAAAACUAUUGUUGAGAAGGCUAUUUGCGAGACAAACAUUCAUCAGAAAAUUGAUGAUCCAAAAGUAUCGCAGACUGAGCCGUUGGUGCCAAAAGAAAUUCCCAGAAAAUUAGAGGAAGUACAAAUGGAAAUCAUUGAAAAACCGAAAACAGAAAUAGACAUUCCGACACCCUUGAAAUCUGUUGUUAGAGAUGAAUUUGUCGAAGUCAAGUCAGGUAAUGAGAUGUCUAAAUUAAGUGAAGAGGCACUUGAAUCAUCAAAUCUAGAUGCUGUAGUUCCUCCUGAAGACGAACACCCGUCAACUGUUUCCAUACGUUCCAAUGAAACAACAAACGAAAAACUAUUGAACGAAAUGAAGAGCAAUAUAGACUUGGUUCUAGUUAGAAAAGAAAACAUUUGCCCUGAAUCUACAGAUACUGUGUCGAAAUUCGUCCAGGAUGGGUUGGAAUCCACAAGUACGAAGGUACUUCAGCCAAGCUCAGAAAAGAACAAUAAAUCUGAAAUAUCUGAAGUUAAAAUUCCGUCGAUGAUUCCUCGAAAAAUAAAACCAGAAGCGAUAUCUAAAUCCGAGCCGAAAGCAGAAGCUACAGAUAUAAGGGACGACAUCACAACAUUGAAACAAGAAUCUUCAGAUCUGUCCGAGAAAUCUGUCUCAAAGAUACCAGUUCCUUCAUCGAAAGAAGAUGCCUUAUCACUGCGACGAGAAUCUUCCAAUCACACUGAAAAAUUUGUAUCAAAAAUGCCAGUUCGCUCACCCAAAGAGGAAAUUAUCCCAUCACCGAAACAAGAAACUUCCAACUUGUCUGAACAAUUAGUAUCAAAAAUCCCUGUCCCUUCACUCAAAGGAGAAAAAGAUAAGAAACCAAAGGACCAGGACUCUGGGAUGAAAGACGAAGAUUCUGGAAAAACCAAAGAAUCAAAAAUUCCAAAACGUAAAUCCGAGCCACCACCGAUGGUAACAGAAACAAAAAUCACUGAGGAGAUAUCUCAACAUUAUCAGAAACAUACUUUUGAAACUAAAACCGAGGCUCAAAUGAUAACAAAAACAUUUACGGAUCCCAGAGAUAUCUUCCAAGCGUUUGAAGAUAUAGAAACGAUAAGAGAGCCAGACUCAUCUGUAACAUCAUCAACACUAGACCACAGAGAGUCAACAAGGCUUGAGAAGAAGGAGAUCAUCUCGUCGGAGAUAUCUCGAGGGGAUGAAAAAAUGGUGAAACAUGACGAAAAGGCACAAGAGAUAAAGGAAAAUCUAAAAGAAAUAACGACAAAAACCGAGACUCAGGAGGAAAUAGUAGAAGAUAAGAAGACAGAACAAGACAAAUCACACAAAAAUCUGACUCAGGAGAUUUCAAUAGAAAUAGCAGAAGGGAAACAAGUAGUUCAUGGAGCGAUGUCCCAAUCAACUAUAUCACUUAAGAAUGAGCAAAGCAUAAAAUCGUUGGAAGAUAAUGAUGGCAUGCUGGUCGAAACAGCUGAAUUGAAGAGAUUGAAGGAACACGAGAUAGACGCAACAAUAAAAGUUGACAAAGAGCUUUCCAAUGAAGAAAAAGAAAUUGAUGCCUCUGAUUUGAACAUCGAGGACGACCUUAAGGCCGCCAUUAUUCGAGAAGAAUCUCGUGAACAAGUUUCCCGUCAGUUUGAUACUCAAGUGUAUCCUUCGAGGGACACCGAACCCACAUCGACAACUGAUAGUAAUCCUGAAACUCUAGAAGAUCAUCUGCUGAAAGUUGCGCAAGAAUAUCAAGCUCGGAAUAUUGCGGAGGACCUCGUACAACAAAUCGAGGACGAAAUUGUCAAACGAUCUGAGAGCUCCGAUGAGUUAAAAAUCAUAAUGGACGAGAUAAAGUAUCAGGGGGAUCGAUGUUCAAUGGAACCUGUGGACUUUGAUGAGCAGCUCGCUGAUGAUUUAACGACGAAAUUUGAACACAUAAUGAUGAAGCAAAGAGAGGACAUUCCGGAGAAGGAUUCCACACGAGGAAGUCUAAGCUACAGUGAUGAUUUUACUAAAGAUGAAGAGUCAACACCUCUGGACCGAGAUGGAAGUCUCGCUUCCUCAUCUUCGCAGACAAAAAUGAUGGAUCGAGAUAUAACAGUUAGUCCCAGCAGCAUGUCAGACCAAAUCGAACAAGAGUCCUUGAAAUCGGACAAACCGAAUGACGCGUCGGCCCUUUCCAUUGAAUUUUCUCCGGAACUUAAAAUUGCUGAAGAACACUAUGAGGAACCGAAAGAGGAAAUGGCUCCAAUACACUUCGAGGCUUAUGAAAGCACGGGAGCAAGGGUCCUAGAAAUCCUAGAACCAGAAAGUGAGUAUCCAACUCGCCAGGACUCGAUCAACAUAUCUUCCUUUGAGAUGGAUGAAUCUCGACAUUACCGUUCCGAUGAUGAAGAUCUCUCAUUCAACGACAAAUAUACCAAGGAUCUUGAUUUUAAAAAGCUCCACAAGAGCCCUGAGAUGGAGUCCUUAGACAAAAUCGGUCAAGAUCGCGAUUUGACAUUUUCUCCUAGCACCGUAUCGGAUUCUUCGAUGGCUCAGGAGCGCAGUUUAUGUUCAUCAAUUCAUCCAAAAGGUAUAGAUUUAGUGGAGAGUGAUGAUGGUGGAUUUUCAUCGAUGGAGCCUGAAAAAGCUGAAACGACACCGGAGAAAAUGACAGAAUUGAACACUAUGAUCAUCGAUAAAAAUAUCACUCCAUCAGUAAUGUCUCCCAAGAUAAAAGUAGCUGAAUUGGAGAUCAAAACAACUGAUUGGCUGAUCGGAGACGAAAAAAUCGAAGUGGCAGAAACUUUGCAACCAUCGCAAGCAUUUGAUAAAGAACUUGAAGAAUAUCAGAACAGCAUGAUAAAACAACCUAGUUUACCAUCAUCUAUCGAGGGGUCUGUGACGCGUUCCUCUGAAGACGUAAGCACAUUCGAUUCGGUUAUCGAGGGUUCGAAAGCCAAAAUCAUUAUUGAUCCAGCCCAAGAAAUAGAGGUUGAUCAGGAACUAGUGGAAAAUAGAUUAGAAAUCAGCUGUCAGGAACUUGUUGACACUCUUCAAAGGGAAUACGAGUUGAAGACUCCGACUGACGACAAGCCUCCAUUGACUCCCAGAAGAAUAUCUGAGAGCGAUGGAGAAUUCGAGUUUCUUGAGGAGCAAAGUAGUACUGCUCAAAAAGUUCAAGAGACAUCAAGUUUGAAAGAAAAACCUCUGGAUGUUUCGGAGCUUGUCAAACCAGACUCAAUUGCUAAACCGUCUCUAGAGGGGGAGGCAAGUCAAGGUGAAAAAUUGAAACUCAAAGAGAAAAGCGAAGUUGAAGAAAAAGAGAUCGACACAAGCGAGCUCAAGGAAAAGAAGGAAAAGAAACACGAGGAGAUGAAAAUGGAAGUAGCCGUGAAAGGUCUGAAAGAAUCCUUGGCAGGAAAGAAGUCUUCGAGUGACGAGUCAAAGCGUCAUCCAGAGAAAUCAGCCGAUCUUCGUGAUAAACAAGGUCAUUCGGGUUCGAGUGAAUCUAGUCCCUUCAAACGAAAGAAAGAUCCCAAUGUUGACCUAAGCGCGAAGUACGCUAUAACAGUUCUCGAUCAGGUUGUCAACAAAGAAAUUGCUGAAGUGAAGGAGUCUCUAGAGGCCGCAAGACAGGACCUGAUUGAAGAAUUGAGCGAAAACAGCGAGAGAGUUUUUCCAAUUAAGGAUUCACCAUCGGAAUUCCAAUUCAAGCUCCAACCAGAAUCGAUUCCAAAUGAUCUUCCAUUUCUGUACAAAGGACCUUCCGCGGAACAUAUAAAUCAAGAUGAAGAUAAUACAUCGUCAGGAUCACCUGUUGCUAAACCCAGACAACAGGACACGCAAUGUGAGCAAGAAUCAUCAGAAAAAAAAAUAGAUGACAAAGCGAAAGAUGGUGAUAGGUUCAGCCAACCAAUUGAAGACAAAUCAGAUUCAACUGUCCAGGUGUCCAUCCACAAAGAUGCUAAAUCUCUCGAGGAACCGUUGCCGAUUGCCGCCUCCAGAUCUAAUUCUGACGUUGAAAACAAGGAUGAUCUUUCUUCUUUAUCAGUGCCACCCCAACCUGCUCCACGUCGCCGACAAAAAUCCAUGAGAGUAUCCAAAAAAGGACAUUCCGCAAGUGAAGCUGAGUCUAGUUCAGGGGAAAGUAGCAACUAUCAAUCGUGUGAUUAUGAAAUCGGUUCUGGGAGUAGGCCAAGUUCCACUGACAUCGAAGCCCUGCAAUCGGCCGCGGGAGUGGCCUCGGGAACAGCCUCAGAAUAUGAAACUGCCUUGAUGUCGAUAGAUUAUUCCUCGCCAUCACGACCAACAUCUCAGGAAUAUCACAGUGCUGUGUCCACCUUGAGUUCCAGAGAAUCAAUGAAGUCCUUAAAUUCUUUAAGUUCUGGUCAUCUGGGAAGUAUCGAUAGCACAAGCGAAUUAACAGACACUUUAGUAGCUUCUGAAUCAGAAAUUGACGAAGAGAAAAUUGGGGAAAAUUUGGAGUUAAUCCUUGACGAAGGUCAGAAGGGAUCUGAUUCAGAAGAAAGUGAGAUACUUCUUGACGAUUCCUUUGAUAAGGCAAGUGAAGACGUACCCUGCAAGAUGAAGCGAUCGUCGGAGAUGAUUUUCCAACAACAAAUAUCAGAAGAUCAAGACUCUUCCUCAAUUCCCGGACCUCUCGGCUCAACAGAAGACACCAAAGUCACAUCUAGCAUUCUAAUCAGCGAAGACGAUGACUUCAAAACAUCGACGCUAGAUGCACUCUCAGAGCAAAUAAGUGGAAAAGCUGAACUCGGUUCAUCAUCCCCUGAAAUUCGGUUAAAAUCAAUUGAGGCGCAAUCAACAGGCGACGAUAUAGAUUCAUCUGAAUUGAAAAUGAGUUCUUUGAGCGUAGCUGAUGAGGUCGAGGCACUCCUCCUAACAAAACGAUCUGUCCUUCAACAAGCCAGCAUGUCGACAUCAUCAACCUCCGGAAUGUCCGUGGAGACCGUGAUAGAGCGUGAAAAACAAGACAGGCAUUCACCGGACUCUGAUUCCUUUGAACUGGUCGACAAACCCGAUAUCAUCGAUGAUUUUGUCGUAGUUGAAGAAGUGGGAAGAGAAGCUGAGGAGUUUGAUUCCGAAGGUAAGAGUAUCUCCAUUACUACAAAACCGAUGGCAGCGGUGAAAAAAUUUGACCGUGAUGUCGAAAAUCUGAUAACUAAUACUGAUAAAGGAGAAGCAAUAGGGUCACAACUCUCUCGAAAUAAUGAACUCUUUGAUUUCGAAUCUGAAGAGAGUCCUCCACAGGCUUCCAACGAUGAUCAGUACUCUCAAUCCUAUUCGGAUGAAGAAUUAGAUAAUAAGAAAUGGAUGGAGAUGCAGUUCACGACAGAUCCGAGGGCGUACGAAGAGGUAUACGAUCGAGGUCCUCUCGAAGAUAUCAAAGAAGAAGAGAUCACGGAUUUCGAAGCAGGAAGCAGUCGUUUUGGAAGCCUAGGCAGCCAUAAAGGAUCGAUAGGCUCCAGUGGAUCUAUGAAAGGAAGUUUCGGCGCCGAGUACGAUGUUUUAGCCGGAAAAAGGACAUUCUCAAAAUCAAUUGAACACGACAACAUCUCCAUGAAUUCACUUCAAGAGUUUGAGAAUAUAGAGAACGCGGUCCAAGGAGAACUCGGCAAGCGGUUCAUUUGUGGCUCGCAAGAUUCUGUUAACAAUGGAAGUCUUCCCAGGAGAUAUAUCACAAGUCGCUCAGGCCAUGGUGACGACGUAUCAGUAUCAUCUCUAAAAGACUUUGAAGGCCUCGAGAAAGCCUGUCGGGACGCUCACAUGAUAGAGCUUCGAGCCAAGGAGGAGGAAGAUCUUCUUGAGCAUGAGAGCCCUGAGAAUCGUUACAAACUAGAAAAUCUUCCAAAACCAAAACUUGUUGAGAGCAGUGCAACAGGGUCUUUUAAUCCGAGUACUUCUGGUUCCGAUGAUUACGAGAAAAGAAUAAUGGAAAUUGAUGAAAUUAUUAGAAUUGCUCAAGCUAAUGUUGAGAAGUUUGAUAGACAAGAUGACACGACCGAAGAUAUUUCGCAAAUCGAACCCGAGAGAACUGAGCCGGUAGGAAAUUCCACUCUUCCCCCAGAGAGUGAAGACUCCCUCAAGAUCAAAGAACAAAACAUCAUGGAGACAAGCACAGAUUCCUUAGAACUCGAAUGCGACAAAGAGAAAAAGAACAAUCUCAUGUGCAGAAGUUCCGAUUCUCUGGAGAUGAAGACGACAGUCGACUAUCCAUCCUUGAGCUAUUCAGAUUCUUUGAAUAAUAUCAAGGAUACGAAGGAGCCAGGGUCGUCCGGCGACCAGUUCAAUAAAGGUAGAAGGAUCUCCUCGGAUUCUCUUGAGAUGCCAGUAUUGGAGUGUCCUGAGCAAGACAGAAGUACUACUGAUGGCAGUGGAAGCUUACAGCUGAGUGAACUGACAGAUGUUGACAUGACUAAGAAUAGCAAAACUACACUUCCAGCUACUACAGAUGGAUAAAAGGUAUUCCUAGG